GAGAGCUGCUGCAACAAGCAGACACUCACACGGCGCUUAGCAACAGUGAGUGUGUGACAAGAAAACUAUGAGGUCAUAGGGAUUUACUAGGAGCAACAUCAAAGGCAGAUCUCCUUGUGAUGUCAUAGUAGUAAAGGGUUUCAGACUUAGUAAACCAAGCCUCAAACCCUCAGCAGUUCACAGAUCCAACCUGAGACAAGCGGUCAGCAAGGCUCGUGACUUUAAACUGGUCUACAUUCAAGACACUAACUAACCCAAGGAUUCCACAUGGACAACAAGAGGAACUCAGAGUCCCUGAGCAGGGCUGAUACCAUGGACAAGGAGACGGAGGCUGAGGUGAUGCUCAACAAGAUUAGAGAGCUCAAAGAUCUUGUUGAGAGUAAGGACAAGCAGCUGAGGGAUGAAAGGCUGAACGCUGACAUCAAGCUGCAAAAGAAGAUGGUGGUGUCUCACAACCUCCAGACAAGCCUGGACGAGGCCCAACAGGAGAGGGAUGAGAUGGCAGAGAGGUUGAGGAGAAAGGAGCAGGAAGACAUGAGGAGGGAGAACGACACUGACGUGCAGCUGGAGGAUUUAAAGAACCAGCUGCAGGCUGAAAGACUGAGGUCUGACACCCUGCAGAGGGAACAUGAGGACUUUAGGAGGGAGGUAAAAGAAAAAAACAGCAGAGACCUGAAGCAGGUUCGGAAUCUGAAGAUGGAGAAAGACUCCCUGGAUUCCAUUAUUGCAUCUCAGGACCUCAAACUGAAAAAUAAGAUGGUGUCGUCUCGCUACCUCCAGACAAGCCUGGACGAGGCCAAACAGGAGCGGGAUGAGAUGGCAGAGAGGUUGAGGAGACAGGAUCAGGAAAUGGUAGACAUGAGGAGGGAGACCAACACGGACGUGCAGCUGGAGGAUUUAAAGAACCAGCUCCAGGCUGAAAGACUGAGGUCUGACACCCUCCAGAAACAACAGGAGGAAUUUAGGCAAGAACGCCCCCCUGGAGGACAAGAGAGAGCCAGCAGAGACCUGAAGCAGGUUCAGAAUCUGGAGGUGAAGGGACUUUCUCCAGAGGCGAAGGCCCUGCAAUUAAAAAAUCUCAAGAUUAAAGAGCUGGAGGAGCUAAUUGCUCGGGAACAGCAUCAGCAAAAGAAUACUGUGAUGACUCGCUACCUCCAGACAAGCCUGGAGGAGGCCAAACAGGAGCGAGAAGAGAUGGCCCAGAGGUUGAUGGGGAAGGAUCAGGAGCGCUUUAGGAGGGAGACCAGCACCACAGGGCAGACAGAAAACCUGGAUCUGGACGACAGGCUCCCCUCAAGCAGAGCGUUACAGUAUUACAAGAUUAAAGAGCUCCAACGUCUUGUUGAGAACAAAGACAACCAGCUUCAGGCUGAAAGACUGAGAGCUGACACCCUCCGGAAGGAACAUGAGGACUUUAGACUCCAGGUUCAACAGAAAGCCAGCAGAGACCUGAAGCAGGUUCAGAAACUGGAGGAGGAGAAACGGUCCCUGAAUUCUCUCAUUGCAUCUCAGGACCUCAAACUGAAAAAUAAGAUGGUGUUGUCUCGCAACCUCCAGACAAGCCUGGACGAGGCCAAACAGGAGCGUGAAGAGAUGGCCCAGAGGUUGAGGAGACAGGAUCAGGAGCUGGAAGACUUGAGGAGGGAGACCAGCACCGACGUGCAGCUGGAGGACCUAAAGAACCAGCUGCAGGCUGAAAGACUGAGGUCUGACACCCUCCAGAGGGAACAUGAGGACUUUAGGAGGGAGGUAAAAGAGAAAGCCAGAAGAGACCUGGAGGAGGUUCAGAAUCUGAAGAUGGAGAAAGAUUCCCUGGAGCAGGAGGCGAGGGCCCUGCAAAUAAAAAAUGGCAACAGGAUUCAAGAGCUCCACGAUCUUGUUGAGUCCUUAAGGAACCAGCUGCAGGCUGAAAGGCUGAGGACUGACACCCUCCAGAAAGAACAGGAGGAACUCAGGCGGGAGGCACAACUGAAAGCCAGCAGAGACCUGAAGCGGGUUCAGAAUCUGGAGAAGGAGAAACGUUCCCUGGAGCAGGAGAUGAAGGCCCUGCAGGAAGAGGUCUCCAGAAGAGCAGCAGAGGAAACAAACAACACCAACAGGAUUCAAGAGCUCCAAGAUCUUGUUGCGUCCUCAAAGAACCAGCUGCAGACUGAAAGGCUGGAAGUUCAGGACAGACUGGUUGAUAUGGAGAACGUGUCUUUGUGGAGGAGGUUUAAAAAGGCCAUCACUCCUGACAGUCGGCGCCAAUACAAACAUCUGAGAAUGCAGUGGCAGGACCAGGAGGAAAACCCCAGCUCAUCUGUUCCCCCAAGCCCCCCCAACAUGCCCAGACCGUAAGGAGCCAUCAGGUAGACACAGAGUAACAUGUUCCUCUGUGUCUGCACGGGUUUACUCCGGGUUCUCCGGUUUCUUCCCAUCAUAAUCAACUUUGAAAAAAAACCUUUAGAAUAGUAAAAAAUGCAUCAAGUCUAAAAAAUGUCAAUAAAAAAAACAAAACAACUUUAA